GGCUUGAUGAAAAAGGAAAAUGACACUAAGGUGACAGAAUUUGUACUUCUGGGCCUGUCAUCCUCCUGGGAGCUACAACUAUUUCUCUUUUUAAUAUUUUUGUUGUUCUAUGCUGCAAUUGUCCUGGGAAACCUCUUGAUAGUGGUGACAGUGCGAGCUGAUGCUCACCUGCUCCAGUCUCCUAUGUACUACUUCUUGGGCCAUCUCUCCUUCAUUGAUCUGUGCCUGAGCUGCGUUACUGUGCCCAAGAUGUUAGGUGAUUUCUUACAGCAGAACAAGACUAUUGGUUUUUUUGGAUGCCUGGCCCAGAUCUACUUCCUGCACUUUCUGGGAGCCAGUGAGAUGUUUCUGCUGACAGUUAUGGCCUAUGAUAGGUAUGUUGCCAUAUGCAAUCCUUUGCACUACCUGACAGUCAUGAACCGCCAGCUAUGUCUUCAGUUGGUCUUUGCUUGCUGGUGUGGGGGUUUCAUCCACUCAAUCACACAGGUCAUCCUGGUCAUCCAGCUGCCUUUCUGUGGCCCUAAUGAACUGGACAACUUCUACUGUGAUGUUCCCCAGGUCAUCAAGUUGGCCUGCAUGGAUACCUAUGUGGUAGAGGUGCUGAUAGUCUCCAACAGUGGUCUGCUGUCUCUUGUCUGCUUCUUGGUCUUGCUCUUCUCUUAUGCUGUCAUCCUGAUCACCCUAAGGACUCGCUUCUGCCAGGGAAGGAGCAAGGCACUGUCUACCUGUGCCUCCCACCUAAUAGUGGUCAGCCUGAUCUUUGUGCCAUGUGUAUUCAUCUACUUGAGACCUUUCUGCAGCUUCUCUGUGGAUAAGGUAUUCUCUGUGUUUUACACUGUGAUCACACCCAUGUUGAACCCACUCAUCUACACUCUCAGAAAUGCUGAUAUGAAGAAAGCUAUGAAGAAGCUGAGAAAAAAGCACGUGGCAACCUGUUGCCCUUUUGAAGGAUAA